CAAAAAAGUUGUAGAUGACGCUGACAAUAAAAAAAAAAAAUUAUGUAAAAGCAUGUAAAAGUUUGUAUUAUUUAUUUCUCACACAAUCAACUGCUUGAAACUGUCAACAAUUUAGUUUUUUCUUGACAAUAAAAUAAGAAAACUUAAUCAUGGCUGCUUUUCCUGCCUUCAAAUUGGGAGUUUUGUUGUUUAAACAAUUAAGCAAACCUCUUGCAAAAGUAAUUGUAACACAAGCUAAACAACAUCCAUUUUUUCGUACCUAUUUUAUCAUUCCACCAGCUCAAUUAUAUCACUGGGCCGAGGUCAAAGGAAAAAUGUACUUAAUGAAUUUAGGAAAACCAUCAAAAGUUGCAAAAUUAAAUGAGCAAAUGGCAAUUGAACUUGGAGCAAAUUUAAUGGGUGAAGUUUUAAUAUUUUCUAUUGCUGGUGGAUUGCUUCUCUUUGAAUAUAACAGACAAUCACUUAAAGAAGCAAAAAAAGAAGAAGUCAGACAAGCACAAGUAGAAAAAUUCACAAAUGAUUUAAAUGCACUUAAUGAAGCAUCACAACAGUACGAAAAACAAAUAGAAUAUUUAAAAGUUAUUGUUAAAGAAAUUGCAGCAAAAACAGAUCACAAAGUUGAUUUGGAUAAAUUAAAACCAGGUGGUGCAAUGAAUAAUAAAAAUAAUGUUAACCAAACUGAUGAUAAUAGUAAAAUUCAAAAUCAAUCAAUUGUUCAUCGUGCUAUUAAUUAUUUUGAAAAAACUGUCAAAGGAACAAACAAAGUUAGUUAAAAAAUAUUAAAAUAUUUAACUAGGAUAAAAAAAAAAAAUGUUAUUUUUUAAAUUUUACCAUUUUCAAGGUAAAUAAUUUUUGAUAGACAAAAGCCUCUUUUUUUUCUUUUUUUUUUGAACAAAUAUUGACAUGGUUCUAGUCGCUUUAUUUUUCCUUUAAUUUAAAUAAUGAUAUCAUGUAAUUUUUAACAUGAAAAAAAACAACAACAACAUUGAAGCUUUGUAAAUAAUUCAUUUUUUUUUUUUUUGCCUACUUUGGCAUUGUAUAGACAUUACAGUAUCUUAUAUAUUGUCAUUUUGACAGUACCAUGUUUAAUAAGAAAAAAGAAGAAAUAAAAUUAAGAUUAUUGGAUAUAGAAGAAUUAUUUAUUGUGUGAUUUAAAAAAUAUAUAUAUGAAAUAAUGAAAUAAUAAAUGAAAAAAAACUUAUCAUUUUAUAAAUUUCUACA